AUUAUUAACUCCACGUGCAUAUUUCCAAAGCCACGCAUAUAUCUCUCGGUAUAAAUAGGAGAACCCUCCAAAAAAACUGCAAUCCAGUACAAGAUGAAAACCGUACUAGUUCUUCUGUCGCUCAUCGUAGCCUACGCUUCAUCGACGUUCGUCGGUAAGCACGUCGUGGUGAACGAAGACGAGACGAUCUUGGUAAUCGGCGAGCACGGCAGGCAGAUCAGAGUCAACAAGCACGGCCCCAACCCGAAAAUGGUCGAAAUCAUCCUCAAAACGCCGUACUCCUACUCCAAGAAAAUCCUCAUCGACGGCGCCCGCUUCGCGCCCAAAUUCAAGCCCCAGCUGCUCGAUCCGAAGCUCCUCAAGCUGAUCACCUUCGACAACAAGCCGGUGUGCCAGCACAACUUCCUAUCGCACGUCUUCCGCCAGUACGAGGGAUUGCUGGAGCAAGGCCAGUACGAUCGGUUGAUGAAGGACGUCGAUAAUUUGGUACUAGCUGGCGCCAUACAGGAACCCAUCAGGACCAUUCUCAAGACUUUCGACGAGAAGCUGCCGCAGCUCAUUCAACAGCACUGGAUUUACCAGUUCGAAGAGUACGUUCCGCGCGAAGAUGAAUUCGGUUUAACGCCUUUGGAAGAGAAAAUCCAGCCGCAUGUGCACACCAAGCAGCAGCAAACCGAUGAAACCUACCCGCCUAUGCUACUUGCAGGGAAUGUUUAGUAAAUGUGAUAGAUUUAAAGGAUCGUAUAUAGUUAGCAAAUUUUUGAUUUUAACGUGUUUCUACUCUCAUCUUCAUUUGUUACUGAUAAUUCAUUGAUUAAUAAAUAUGUUUAAUUAAAAAAAUUAACAUGCAAUUUUAAUAUAAAUACAAGAAGAUAUGGUGCAAUAAACGGAUAAGA